AUGGUCGCCGGAAACCAAUGUAUGACAUAUACAGAGGCCCGGUGUGGGUUACAAAAACUGAAGAGAAAGCAAGUUUUAGAAGAGAAAAGCACUCGAGCUGAACAGCUCUAUAAGUCCUCCAUCAAUAACCCAAGCGAAUGUAUCCGGGAAAGAGACCCGGCGACUUUUGGCGGCAUGUCAUCAAAGGAACUCCCAAGGGAGGCCACGAUGACUAAAGAGCAAACCUAG